AUGCCAUCCUUUCUCGUGAAUGGUCGAUUUCCUACCAUCAACAAUUUCACCUCCCAGGAUGUGACAAGUGAUGAAAGGGCAGCUGCCGUCGACUUUGUCAAUCGCCAUAACUUUGUUUUUGAAGAGUUCGACCAUGCAAUGAUGGCUGCUACCUUUCUCCCUGAUGCUGUGGUUUAUCACAGUCACGGGACAAUUAGCGGUCUUGCCGAAAUGAAACGAUUUUUCGAAGAAGACUACGGGUUCUUUAUUCCGGGGAUAUGCCGAAGCGCCACCAACCAUGUUGUUGAUCGAGAUGUGGAUGGAGGGUUGGUGGUGAGGUUUCAAGAGUGUUUGAUCAGAUAUGGAUGGGAAGGUGACGAUUUACGCAUUGUUACUGGCAAUGAAAUGCCCAGAACUGAUGGGCUCCCCCAAAUAUGGUGGGUUGGUACGAUCAUUGAUCGACUGAGGAAAACAGACGAUGGCUGGAAAAUUUUUGAAAGAUAUCUUGGGACCCCUUUCAGAAACCAGGCCCUUGAUCUGCCAAUGGCUGAUAAGGCUCUCGGAUCAUAA